AUGCUCGAAACCGCGUCGAAUCGGCCGGAGAAACCAACACAGUAUUACUUCACCAAAGAUCAUGAACACUUGGGGGAAGCGAGGAACGUCAACAAAGAGCAAUCGCCGUUCAUUUACCCCCCGUGCUCGCUCAUGUUUUCUUAUUUUCAAUACUGGAAAGCGAAGAACUCGUUGGUCAUGGGGCGGAGGACAGGCGUCACCUCAACUGCACAGAAAAACGAUCUUUUACGGGCACUUCGCGUUGACGUCAGUAUCGAAAAAUUAGAAGCUAAGAAACAUAAAGACCUGGACGAGGCGAUAGCCAUCACCGACGUAGAUCCAGAAUUCUUCACAGGAUUCUCUGGCAGGGUAGUGAAAGAAAAGUUUUCUGUACACGAUUAUGUGGACGAUAAUCGCGAGAUCUUCAAGACUAGGCUGCUCGCUGGACAAGCAUUGGACGACUGUAUUCGUAUAGAACAGCAAUUUGUGGAAGAGCAGAAGAGACUGGACACAAUAAAGCGUCGUUAUCGUCGAUACGUAAGUGGUUUCGAGGAGUUCCUGUCCAAGGAUCACGAAGAGAGCAUGAAGAUCUUAGUGCAGGCUGAGAACGAAGUGAGACUGACCAAGGAAAUCAGCGACAAGAGGAACAAGCUCUCCAAGGAAUACGGUCAGGUCAGAUUAGACGUGUAUUUUUGGGAAGAAAGCUGGAGGAUGGUGAAGAUGUGCCAGAGAUUCUUGUAUCAAGUGUCUCCGAUUUCUUGGCGCGCGAAACACGACUGGAUUUAUCGGUCUGGAUCCGACGAGAACAUCGUCUCCAGCAGCGUGGACGAUUUAUUCAGCCGAUACAGAAUGAUCGACGAAGUUGCUUCACUCGACAAUUUGAUAGAGUUAUUCGAGCAGGAUGUACUGGAAGCAGGUCCAACUGAAAUGUACUUCGAGGAUCCAUUCGAUCUCAUUCGAGUAUUUAGAACGAUAGCAACGCAGAACUUGAACGCGCUGAUUCAUCUGGAGUCCCUGGCAGAGCCGAUGACCGAGAUGUUGACGACAAUCGAGACCGCUGAAGUGCAGAUCAAGUCGGAAAUCAACGAACUCGUCAACGAGAUAAACGAACAUCAAAGUUCUAUUCGCAAAUUCGAAGCUAGAGCGGCAGAAUUGGAGAGGUACGCGAACGUGCUUCUGGAAGGCAUGUUUCGAGAUUCCGUCUGCUCCGAGGAAGUACUACGUUUCCAAGUAUUCAUCGAAGAUGCUUAUGAGAGUUGUGUCGCACCGAACGAUGCCAAUCUGGACAGUUUCUCGAUGAUGAAAUGGAUAGAGAAAACUCACGAGGAGCUCAAUUUGGAACUGGAUACUUUGCCACCGGACGUGGUUAAAGUUUGCGAGCAGGAAGGUUUUAGACAGGAGCUCAAAGCGAUGCAGGAGACUGAAGAAGCAGCCAAAAAGUUCGAGCUCAUGCUACGAUUACUGGCAUCCUUGAAGCGUGUCAUGAAGCCGCCGGCAAUAAAGAUGCGACCUUUAAUGUGGCGUUCUGAGCCAACGACUCAAAGAGCUAAACCGAAACCACCGCCUCCAGAACCGACCCACGAGGAGUGGCAGUAUUUAACCUUCUUCACCAACUACUGCAAACAGGAGGAUUUCACCACUUAUCGUUCACAAUUUCCGGACGAUUUUGACCUAACUUUCCAGCACAGACGUCGAAACAGCAGCGAAAAUAGCGAAACCAUUGUUGACGAAGACAAGGAAACUUCGAGCAAUUGA